UAACUACUAUUAGUUGUUGUGUUACAACGAUUACUGUAAUUGUUGUAGCAAUUAUCGAAGCUAUUGAAGUUGUUGUAGUAACUAUUGAAGUUGCUAUAACUAUUUCGACUGUUGCUAGAGGUGGCAGUUGUUGCAGUGUUGAUAGUGAUGGUGGUGGAGGAGAAACAAGAAAAAUACGCGAUGAUUGUGUAGGAGAAAAAAAUGGUGGUUGGUAUGGAAAAAGUGACAAUGGUGGUUGUGGUGAUGGUGGAGGAAGAGGAGGUGAUGGUGGUGAUGGAAAUGAUGGAGACGACAAAAAUGGUGUGGAGGGGAUAUGUGGGUUGUAUGAGGAGGAAUGA